AUGACCGCUCUGGAAAUGACCUCUAAGCUAGUCAGCGAUAGCAAUAUCAGCAUCGGCUCCGACGAGAAUACCCAUCCAUCGAUACCUUUGACUCUCUUCGGUAGCAGCCAAGGCGACGAUGGGUUCGUCAAUAUACGCGCUCGCGUCAAUUCGAGAAGACGAUCAAUUCUUGCCAUUGAGCCUGGUUCAGCAGACGAAGAUCCCGGUUUGAGACGACCUAGUGAUUACCGUUCGGCCCAGCAAUUCACAGGAUGGUCACUAGCAAAACUAUCGUUUCUGUCGCUGGGAGUCAUCUACGGUGACAUCGGAACGAGCCCUCUUUACGUAUUUUCGUCGACAUUCUCUGAACCACCUACUCGCCAAGACCUGGUCGGAGUUUUGUCUCUCGUACUUUGGUCACUCAUCUUCAUGGUCACCAUAAAAUACGUGAUCAUUGUUCUUCACGCGGAUAACGAUGGAGAAGGAGGUACUUUCAGCACUUAUUCAUUGCUUUCCCGAUAUCUCAAUAUCGCCAAACGCGAUCCUCGAGAGGCGUCCCUUAUGGAGAUGAGGAGGACUGCGACCGUCGAUCUCGAAGCCUCUGGUCGACGACUGCGCCGAGGAAUCGAGUCUAGUAAAUUCAUCAAAACAUCCUUGAAAGUCAUUGGGGUGUUUGCUGUUACCAUGGUCUUGGCAGAUGGAGUGCUGACACCAGCUCAGUCAGUACUUGGAGCCAUUCAGGGAAUCGAGGUCGCUGCGCCAACAAUCUCAAAAAGCACCAUUAUCGGCGUCACGGACGCCAUUCUUAUCGUGCUUUACCUCAUUCAGCCCUUGGGUAUCUCCAAAAUAUCCAUGGUUUUCGCUCCGAUAAUCGCUGUCUGGUUCGCUUUCAAUGCCGUUUUCGGAAUUUAUAACCUCGUCAAAUACGAUGCCACUGUUUUCAAAGCGUUUUACCCUUACUACGCCUUCGACUAUCUCAUCCGUCACAAAGAAGAAGGGUGGAGACACCUGGGUGGUGUACUCUUAGCAUUUACCGGUGUAGAAGCUCUUUUUGCCGACUUGGGAGCCUUUAGUAGAAAGGCUAUACAGCUCAGCUGGCUUGGAUACGUGCUUCCUUGCCUGGUUCUGGGUUACGUUGGUCAAGCAGCCUUCAUAAGUGCACAUCCCGAAGCUUACUCGAAUCCAUUCUUCAACGCUGCUCCUCCAGGAACUCUCUAUCCGGCUCUUGUCAUUGCCAUCCUCGCUGCCAUCGUAGCAUCCCAAGCGAUUAUCACUGCGAGUUUCCAACUGUUGGCCCAGGUGAUGAAAUUCUCGUAUUUUCCUCAACUGAAGGUCGUCCACACGUCCAAAAUCUAUCACGGUCAACUUUAUGUUCCUUUGGCGAAUUGGUUAUUGAUGAUAGGCACAGUGCUCGUGGCAUCGAUAUACAACAAUACGACUAGCUUGGGUAACGCCUACGGUGUUUGUGUGAUGUUCGUCACUUUUUUCGACACUCUCAUGGUGACCUUGGUGUCGAUUUUUGUAUGGCGAUUCAAUCCGCUUCUCGUUGUCUUCCCUUGGCUGGUUUUUACUCUUCUCGACGCAACUUUCUUAUCCUCGGCUCUCACCAAAGUCCCCGACGGAGCUUGGUUCACAUUAACACUCGCCGCUGCCUUGGCUUGCGUUUUCUUACUAUGGAGAUUUGGGAAAGAAAGACAAUGGCUUGCUGAAGCCAAAGACCGCUUCCCAACCUCCCAUUUUAUUGCCAGGUCGUCAGAUGGACAUCUACGAUUGACCGAUGCAUAUUCCGGUGUCCCGCUCAGUACAAUCCGGGGACUUGGAAUCUUUUUCGAUAAAGCUGGGGAGACAACACCAAUUGUCUUCAGUCAAUUUGUGACCAAAUUGACAUCGAUACCCGAAGCGAUCGUGUUCUUUCACCUUCGGCCACUUGACCGACCAACAGUCUCAUCAGAGGACCGCUAUACCGUAUCUCGUCUGGGGAUCCCAAAUUGCUACCGAUUAGUCGUGCGAUACGGCUUCAACGACGAGGUUGUCACACCAGACUUAGCCAUCGUCAUAUUCAAGCAGAUCCGCUCAUUCCUGAUUAAACAGACUACGGACAAUAAUAACGCAGCCGUUCCUAGUGCGGGCUUGACGUCAGGCAAAGACGAUCAGAAUAUCAAAGAUGAGAUCACACGUCUUGAUCGCGCAUUAGCACACAAAGUGUUGUUCAUCACAGGCAAAGGGCAAAUGAAAAUUGGACACAAUAGGAACUGGCUUAGUAAGCUGCUCCUGUGGGCGUUCUUGUGGAUUAGAGACAACACCAGGAAUCGGAUUGCCAGUCUUAAAUUGCCAGUUGAAGAGAUUGUUGAAGUCGGCUUCUUGAAGGAGAUUUGA